CACGGGCCCCCGCGCUCGGAGCAUCGCCCGCCUCUUCACGAGGGUUUCUUCUUUUUUCCACCCCCCGCCCGCGUCCGCCGAGGUUGUUUUGUUGAUUAUUUUUGUUGUUGUUGUUGUUGGAGUUUUUUUCCUUGCUGGAGUUUUUGCUUUAUCCCCCCCGCGCCCCACUUCCGUGGUUUGGAUAUUCUGGGUGACUGCAAAGAAGAGUUUUGGAGUUGUUUUGGAUUGGGUUUGGUUUUUGUUGGUUCUUUUUUUUUUUUUUUUUUUUUUUUUUUUUUUUUUUUUUUUUUUUUUUUUUUUUUUUUUUGUUCCCUUCUCCUGCCCUUGAACUGAGUUUGUCCUCUGUGCAUGCCUCUUCUGGAGCAAGGCUGGAUCCUGAACCUCGGUGCAUGUAAGGGGCAAAGCCUCGUUCAUAUUCCUGCAAGAAGAGUAAAAUGUAAAUUGGAUAAUACGACUUCUUGCCAAAGGCUCCAAUGAGUGGCACACAGUCCACAAUCACGGACAGGUUUCCUCUCAAAAAACCUUCGAGACACGGCAGCAUUCUGAGCAGAGAGUCUCCAGCAGACAAGAAGCAGAAGGUCGAGCGCUGCAGCAGCACCCACGACUUCGAUCCCACAGGCCUGGUGCAGAGGUGUGUGGUGAUCCAGCGGGAUGAGAACGGCUUCGGGCUGACGGUCAGCGGGGACAACCCCGUCUUCGUGCAGUCUGUCAAGGAAGAUGGAGCAGCCAUGCGGGCUGGAGUGCAGACAGGUGAUAGAAUUAUCAAGGUGAACGGGACUCUGGUAACACACUCGAACCAUUUGGAGGUGGUCAAGCUGAUCAAGUCGGGUUCCUAUGUAGCUCUCACUGUCCAGGGGCGCCCUCCAGGCUCGCCCCAGAUUCCCUUGGCGGAUUCCGACGUGGAUCUGGCAGCUUUUGGGCAUAUGUCUCCCAUCAUGGCAUCCCCCCACUCGCCUGGCACGUCAGGGAAUGCAGAAAGGAUCACCAGCCCAGUGCUCAUGGGGGAGGAGAAUAACAUUGUCCACAACCAGAAGGUGGAGAUUCUGAGGAAGAUGCUCCAGAAGGAGCAGGAGAGGCUGCAGGUCCUGCAGGAGGAGUACAGCCGAGCCCCCUCCACCCGCCUGCUCAAGGAGAUCCAGGAGGCAAAGAAACACAUUCCUCAGCUGCAGGAGCAGCUGUCCAAGGCCACGGGCUGCACUCAGGAUGGAGUCCUGUCCUCCAGGUCUGUGUCAGAGUCACUGCAGAUCAGCGAGGGGGAGGCAGAGAGUGGGGACAGCGGCAGCAAACUGGAUUUCAGUGGUGACAGCCCCUCCAGACCCAACAGUGACAUUGCUGAUAGCCCUCGCAGUGGCCUGAAGGAGAGGAUUUAUCCAGAUGAGAGCCCAGAAAAGGCUGAGCUUCAAGACACUGACUCCCAGUCCAGUGUUGGCAGUCCCCUGUCCCGAGUGGGGACUCAGAUCAUUGGGGCAGAGGAUGAUGAUUUUGACACGGAGCAGGAGCAGAUUAAUGGGCAGUGCAGCUGCUUCCAGAACAUCGAGCUCCUGAAAUCCCGUCCUGCUCACCUGGCUGUCCUCCUGCACCACGUGGUGUCCCAGUUUGAUCCUGCAGCACUGCUGUGCUACCUUUACACAGACCUGUACAAACAGACCAACUCCAAAGAGACCCGGCGUAUUUUCCUGGAGUUUUACCAGUUUUUCCUGGACAGAGCUGCAAACCUGAAAGUCCCAGUUCCAGAGGAAAUCUCCUUGGAAUUAGACAGGAGAAGGCCAGAGCUCCUCCCUGAAGAGCUGCACCGCCAGUUCAUCCAAACCAUGCAGGAUAAAGUCUGUCCAGAGGUUCAGAGGAACCUGGAAGAUUUCAGGCAGAAGAGGAGCAUGGGGCUGACCCUGGCCGAGGGGGAGCUGAGCAGGCUGGACGCGGAGCGGCUCCGCGACCGCAACGCCGUGGAGAAGGAGAGGAGCUGUGCGGAGCAGAUCCUGGCCAAAAUCGAGGAGGUCCUGAUGACAUCUCAGCCUCUGGAAGAAGACAAGAGCUCCACGAUGCAAUAUGUGAUCCUCACCUACAUGAAACACCUGGGAGUGAAAGUCAAAGAGCCUCGGAACCUGGAGCAGAAGCGGGGCCGGAUUGGUUUCCUGCCAAAAAUCAAGCAAAGCAUCAAGAAAGAGAAAGAAGGAGAGGAGAAAGGGAAGAGGAGAGGCUUCCCCAACAUCCUGGGCCCCCCAAGGAGACCAAGCCGACAUGACAGCAGUGCAAUUGGCAGGGCCAUGGAGAUGCAGAAGCCCAGGCACCCCAAGCACUCGCCCACAGCCUCUUCUGUGAGCCCAGAGCCCCCCGAGUCCAGCAAGAUGCGCCAGAGCGGCUCCUCCAGCGAUGGCACAGAUGCCCCUUACCCCCCUGCCAACCCCAUGUCCCCCCUGGCCACGGGGCCCUUCGCCUCUCCAGAGGGCAGCAAGGACAGUGACACAGGUGUGAAGCAGCCUGGGGAAGCCCCACCUGCCAGUGACUCCAUGGAUGGCACCCCCCGCACACCCAACAACACCUUUGAGUUCCCAUCUCCUCUGGAAAACCUGCAGGAGGAGGAGGGAGAGUCUGAGAGGAUGGUUGACAUGGGAACGCCAAAACCUUUUCGCAAGAUGGACAGUGUUGGCUUUGCUGAUGUGCAGAGUGAGGAUGAGCUCUAUGACUUCGACAUGGACAUGGACCCUCCCAACUGGCAGCAGCUUGUGAGCAGGGAGGUGCUGAUGGGGCUCAAACCCUACGAAAUCAAACGUCAGGAAGUGAUAAAUGAGCUGUUCUACACCGAGCGAGCCCACGUGCGCACGCUGAAGGUCCUGCACAACGUCUUCUACCAGAGGGUCACCAGGGAGGGCAUCCUCAGCUCCAGUGACAAGCGGAAAAUCUUCUCCAACCUGGAGGACAUCCUUGGGCUGCACGUUGCACUGAACGAUCAGAUGAAAUCUGUCCGAAAAAGGAACGAGACUUCUGUCAUUGGCCAAAUUGGGGAAGAUUUGCUCUCCUGGUUUAGUGGAGCAGCAGAGGAGAAGCUGAAACUUGCCACUGCCACCUUCUGCAGCAACCAGCCCUUCGCUCUCGAGGUCAUCAAGUCCCGCCAGAAGAAGGACUCACGCUUCCAGACCUUCGUGCAGGAUGCUGAGAGCAAUCCCCUGUGCCGGCGGCUGCAGCUGAAGGAUAUCAUCCCCACGGAGAUGCAGAGGUUGACUAAAUACCCCCUUCUGCUGGAUAACAUUGCUAAAUACACAGAGCUGCCUGAGGAGAAGGAGAAAGUCAAGAAAGCAGCAGAUCACUGUCGCCAGAUCCUCAACCACGUGAACCAGGCUGUCAAAGAGUCGGAGAACAAGCAGCAUUUGGAGGAUUAUCAGCGGAGACUCGACCUCUCCUACUUGAAGCAGUCAGAGGAUCCCAUGAUGGAUGAGUUCAGGAACCUGGAUCUAACAAAGAGAAAGAUGCUCCAUGAAGGGCCCCUGACCUGGAAGGUGAAUCGUGACAAAACCAUCGAUCUGUACACUCUGCUGCUGGAGGACAUCCUGGUGCUGCUGCAGAAACAAGAUGACAAACUGGUGCUGAAGUGCCACAGCAAGAUCCUGGCAUCCACAGCUGACAGCAAACACACCUUCAGCCCCAUCAUCAAACUCAACACUGUGCUGGUUCGCCAGGUGGCCACAGAUAACAAAGCUUUCUUCGUCAUCUCCAUGUCGGCGACGGGGGCUCACAUCUACGAGCUGGUGGCACAGACUGUCUCAGAGAAGAAUGUCUGGCAGGACCUUAUAGCUCAGAUGGCAGGAACUGUAAAAAUGGGGAGCAGCAGAAGAGUGAUCCCACUGCCUCAGUCAGGCCCUGGCGAAGAGGAGCGUGAGGAAGAGGAGCAGCAGAAGCUCAAAGAGCAGCAUGACAUUCCUGCCAGCAGCCUGCAGAGUCCAGAUAAAGAUUUGGGCCUGGAGUCUCCCUUGAUACUGAACCCUCAGUCCUCUUCACCCAUCAUGUCCGAAAAGGCCAAGGUGGAAGGGCUGCUGGGGGCUGAGGCACAGUUUGAGAAGGUGCAGCAGGCAGAGCUGGCACUGAAGGACUCCUCUGCCUGCUAUGAGCACCCAGCCAGCAGCUCAGCCUCGGUGCCCGAGGGGCAGUGGGCACGGGAUGCCCUGAGGAACUUGGGGCUGCUGAGGCAGCUCCUGGUGCAGCAGCUGGGCCUGGCCGAGAAGGGACCCCUGGAGGACAGACAGCGCUUGCCCAGGUUCAGGACCGUGUCCCAGGAAGCCCAGACAGAGAGUGGCAACGAGCUGCAGCCUCCAGAGAGCAAAUCCCAGCAGCCUGGAGAGGACGGGAGCCUCGGCAGAACUGGAGCGGCCGCGGGCGGGCACGGCGCCCGGGCUGCCGCCGAGUGCCCGGAGCCCGCUGCCAGGGGCGCUUUGCCCAUGGACAGCACGAACCUGGAGGGCUCCAGCUCCGAGCUGGAGGGGCUGGGGGCUGAGGAGAGCGGGGAGCGUUUCUUCGAUGCCCGGGAAGCUCACAGCGACGAGAACCCCGGCGAGAGCGAGCUGCUGGGCAGGAAGGACGAGGAGGAGGAUGAGGAGGAGGAGGAGGAGGAGGUGCAAAUUCGGAUCUCAGGAAAUUAUUUGAUCCUCGAUGGCUACGGAGCCGUGCAGGAGAGCUCCACGGACGAGGAGGUGUCCGCCCUGGUCCUGCAGUGCACCUCCCACCAGCAGCCCGCCCUGGGCUGUCCCCAGCAGCAGCAGCAGCAGCCCCUGUCCCCCCGGGACGCGCGCUCAGACGGGGGCAGCUCGCCCUUCCCCGAGGAGCUGCGCUGGCCAGGGCUGGAGGAGCCCUGCCCCUUCCUGGGCAGCCCCCAGCUCCCGCUGCAGAUCCGAGUGCAGCUCAUGCAGUACAUCCACAACAUCGAGGAUGCCCUGGAGAAGCUGAAGGAGGUUGAGGAGGAUUACAGCGUUCUGCGGCGCCAGGGGCUGGCUGGCUCAGCCUCCACAGGAGAGCACUCAGACAAAAGCUAGUCGUGUUUCCAGGAGUGGCUGAGGACUGGAUGAAGAGAAUCAGGACACAGCACCCGCUGUCUCCCCUGUGGACUCUGGGAUGAGGGUUUGGAGCAUCCAAACAGGAACCAUUCUCUAGCAAAGUGGGCAUGGGGUGCUUUUCCUGUGGGGCAUCUGCACUAUCUUGUCAGUGAGGGAGUCUAUUCUAUUCUGCUCCUCUCCUUGCUACCAGAAAUUCAAUUUUUUUUUUUUCAGAACAGAAAAAAAAAAAGCCAAACCAAAUGUACAGAGCUUUGGGUGUAGGAUAUAAAAAAAUUGUAUUUAGACAUUUAAAAGAAAAAAAAAAUCAAUGUAUUUAUUUGACUUCAUUCCGUGUAUCAAAAGCACAUUUUAAUUUUUUUAAUCUGCCUUUUUUUGUUGUUCUAUUUUUGGGUAGUGACAGUUCUGGCCCCCUGCAUGUGGCCCACCCUGCCUGGUGAGGGGACAGGGGGGGACCUGUGUGCAGGUGUUUCCUCACUGGACUGGACUCUGCACUCCCUGCUGGCACUCAGACUACCAGGAGCUACUCAUGAAGGUGUUAGGAUGGAAUUUAUGGCUGGAAUUUGUCUGUAUCCAACCAACUGCAUGGGAAUUGCUCAUGUCACCACGUGUGGAGCAGGAAUUUUCCAUGCACUAAACAGCCAGGCACUUGAGAUGGGCAAAUUUUCCUUCUCCCCUUUCCCAUUCCUCUGCUGGGAGAGGAGAAAGAGGUUUCAUUUUGGUUUUUUUUUUCCUUGACUUUGUUGGCUUUGAUCAUUGUCUCCUUUGUAAAGUGAUAAAAAAAUUUACUUGGACCUGCAGCACUUUUGUAACUCUUCUCUGGAUC